GCGACUCCCGCGAGCCGGGGUUGGGCUCCGGGCGGCUGGCGGCGGCGGCCGAGCAGCGGGAGGGCUGUCACAUCGGGGAGCCGGGCUCCCGGCGCGAUCCCCGGGCCGUCCCUUCCGUCGCCCCGGCUCCCGGCGGCGUGACAUCGGAGCGGAGACUUGGAUGCGCGCGCGCGCGAGGGAGCGGAAGAAUGGCAGUGCUCAAACUCUGCGACCAGCCGCCGCUGGUCCAAGCCAUCUUCAGUGGUGAUCCAGAAGAGAUUCGCAUGCUCAUCCACAAGACAGAAGAUGUGAACGCACUGGAUUCUGAGAAACGAACCCCGCUCCACGUGGCUGCCUUCCUGGGAGAUGCAGAGAUCAUUGAACUCCUGAUUUUGUCAGGAGCUCGCGUAAAUGCCAAGGACAACAUGUGGCUGACCCCUCUGCACCGCGCCGUCGCCUCCAGAAGUGAAGAGGCGGUGCAGGUAUUGAUCAAACAUUCGGCCGACGUCAACGCGAGGGACAAGAACUGGCAGACCCCCCUCCACGUGGCAGCAGCCAAUAAGGCUGUCAAGUGUGCCGAAGUGAUCAUCCCACUGCUGAGCAGUGUUAAUGUCUCUGACCGAGGUGGGCGCACGGCCCUGCACCACGCAGCUCUCAAUGGGCACAUGGAGAUGGUCAAUUUGCUCCUGGCCAAAGGGGCAAACAUCAACGCAUUUGACAAGAAGGACCGGCGCGCUCUCCACUGGGCAGCGUACAUGGGCCAUCUGGACGUCGUGGCACUGCUGAUUAACCACGGCGCUGAAGUCACUUGCAAGGACAAGAAGGGCUACACCCCUCUGCACGCCGCAGCCUCCAAUGGGCAGAUCAACGUGGUCAAACACCUCCUGAACCUGGGGGUGGAGAUCGACGAAGUCAAUGUCUACGGAAACACAGCUCUGCACAUUGCCUGCUACAACGGCCAGGACGCUGUGGUCAACGAGCUCAUCGACUACGGUGCUAACGUGAACCAGCCCAACAAUGGCGGCUUCACCCCUCUGCACUUCGCGGCGGCGUCCACUCAUGGCGCUCUGUGCCUGGAGCUGUUGGUCAACAACGGGGCCGAUGUGAACAUUCAGAGUAAGGACGGCAAAAGCCCCCUGCACAUGACGGCUGUCCACGGAAGGUUCACGCGGUCACAGACCCUCAUCCAGAACGGAGGUGAAAUCGACUGCGUGGAUAAGGACGGCAACACCCCCCUCCACGUGGCUGCAAGAUACGGCCACGAGCUUCUGAUUAACACCUUAAUAACCAGCGGAGCCGAUGCAGCCAAGUGUGGAAUCCAUAGCAUGUUCCCCUUACACUUAGCCGCCCUAAAUGCUCACUCUGACUGCUGCAGGAAGUUAUUGUCAUCCGGCUUUGAAAUAGACACCCCAGAUACGUUUGGAAGAACGUGCCUUCACGCCGCUGCCGCAGGAGGCAAUGUAGAAUGUAUAAAACUCUUGCAGAGCGGCGGAGCAGAUUUUCACAAAAGGGACAAACGUGGGAGGACCCCCCUGCACUAUGCAGCCGCAAACUGCCACUUCCACUGUAUUAAAGCGUUAGUGACCACGGGAGCCAACGUUAACGAAGCGGAUGACUGGGGACGGACAGCUCUGCACUACGCCGCUGCGUCAGACAUGGAGAGAAAUAAGAUGAUCUUAGGGAACGCCCACGACAAUUCCGAAGAACUUGACAGAGCCCGGGAAAUGAAGGAGAAAGACGCUGCACUCUGUCUAGAGUUUCUGCUUCAAAAUGACGCGAACCCCUCCAUCCGGGACAAGGAAGGCUACAAUAGCAUCCACUAUGCCGCUGCCUAUGGCCACAGACAGUGCCUAGAACUGCUUUUGGAAAGAACCGCCACUGGUUUUGAAGAAUCGGAUUGCGCUGCUCCCAAGAGUCCACUCCACUUAGCGGCCUACAAUGGGCACCACCAAGCCUUGGAGGUCCUUCUCCAGUCACUAGUAGACCUGGACAUCAGGGACGAGAAAGGCCGGACGGCUUUGUACCUAGCUGCUUUCAAAGGCCACACGGAAUGUGUGGAAGCCCUCGUUAACCAGGGUGCGUCCAUCUUUGUGAAAGACAAUGUCACCCAAAGAACUCCGCUUCACGCCUCAGUUGUUAAUGGGCACACGCUGUGCUUGAGACUCCUGCUCGAAAUAGCAGACAACCCAGAAGCGGUUGAUGUGAGAGACGCCAAGGGACAAACGCCCCUGAUGCUCGCAGUAGCGUACGGACACAUAGAUGCUGUUUCGCUGCUGCUGGAGAAGGAAGCAAAUGUUGACGCAGUGGACAUAGUGGGGUGCACAGCUCUGCACAGAGGGAUUAUGACAGGACACGAGGAAUGUGUGCAAUUGCUGCUGGAACAAGAAGCAUGUGUCCUCUGCAGAGAUGCCAGAGGCAGGACGCCCCUGCACUACGCAGCUGCUCGGGGCCAUGCCACGUGGCUGAGUGAGCUGCUUCAGAUUGCCCUGUCGGAAGAGGACUGUUGCCUCAAAGACAACCAGGGCUACACGCCCCUGCACUGGGCUUGCUACAAUGGCAAUGAAAACUGCAUAGAGGUACUUUUGGAGCAGAAAUGUUUUCGGAAAUUUAUUGGUAAUCCCUUCACUCCGCUGCACUGUGCGAUAAUAAAUGGCCACGAGAACUGUGCGUCACUGCUGCUGGGGGCCAUCGAUUCCAGCAUCGUCAGUUGCAGGGAUGACAAAGGCAGGACAACCCUCCACGCAGCAGCCUUUGGUGACCACGCGGAGUGCUUGCAGCUGCUCCUGAGACACAACGCCCAAGUGAACGCGGUAGAUCAUUCAGGGAAAACGGCAUUAAUGAUGGCAGCUGAGAACGGGCAGGCAGGAGCAGUGGAUAUUUUGGUGAACGGCGCCCAGGCUGACCUGAGUGGCAAGGACAAGGACUUGAAUACUCCCUUACACCUGGCGAUCAGCAAGGGCCAUGAAAAAUGCGCCUUGUUAAUACUUGACAAGAUACAAGACGAGAGCCUUAUCAACGCGAAAAACAGUGCCCUGCAGACACCCCUCCAUAUCGCUGCCCGCAAUGGCUUGACGGCGGUCGUGGAGGAAUUGCUGGCCAAAGGAGCCUGUGUGCUUGCGGUCGACGAAAACGGUCAUACCCCGGCCCUCGCUUGUGCUCCUAACAAAGGCGUGGCUGACUGUCUGGCCCUCAUUCUGGCUACCAUGAUGCCCCUUUCUCCCUCCAGCACCAUGACGGCUGUCAACUUGGUUGGUCUUAGAAAGGACAAUUGGAGCGGGACGACCCUCUCCAACCUGGGUAGCGGGGUCAGUCUGAGCAGUAACCACGUGGGCUCCGAGGACGGGUAUAACGAAAACGAUUCCGACUCAGAAACAUUCUAACCGUGGACUGUAGAGGUGCGUCCUCAGCCGCCUGCACUGCAGGAAGGGACGGAAGCUUGAAUUCCAGACUUAUGCUGUAUUCCAGUAUUUGAGACCAAGCUUCCGGAAGUCAGCAGACGAGGAACCAGUCUAGCCAAAGGAGGGCAGCUAGGCUCUAGGCUGAAGCACACGCAGAUAGACCUGGCUUCUGGUUUGCUUCCUAUUUUCUUUAGGUCUAAGGUACUUCUGUGAAAGUCCUACCUCUCAUUUUAAGUGAGGAAAACUUCUAAGAAUUGAAUCCUUUGUCUUUGGGGAUCACGCAACAGAGAGACAAACGGUCAGCCUAAAGAUUUCCUUUCUCACGUAUUCGCCAGUGAGUUCGGUGGUCUGCCAAGCGACAUUCGUGUCCCCUGGGAGGGGAGGGAAGAGGGGCUAGGAAAUGCCUGCACCCUCUUCCCAGUCUGUUGUUUACUUCCUCACUAGAAGCCAAAGGUCAAAGUUCAUCUUCAGGCAUAAUGCCUAUAAUCAUCUUCUUAAGGGAGUCCACCUGACCCCGCCUCCUCGUAGGAAGCGUGUAAAUACCACAACUUCUUCCCAGGAUCUUGGUUAAAGUUGUCAGAUGAAUGUGAACGUUGACCAUGCUUUCUCGUUAGACACAAACAAAAUAGCACCCAGGGCUCUCCUUAAGAAACCUGUGAGUAAUUUUUCAAUGGAGUAAUGGAUCCCAAAUUUAGCCAAUAACAUUUCAGGUGAAAUUAUAUCGUGCCAAAACGUAAAACAAUAUGCAAGUCAAAUAGGAAAUCACUGUCUAGCGAGCUUGCUCGUAAAUGGAAAUGCUGACUUUGGUAAGGGCCUCAGGGCUGGCACUGUCCUUCCACGGUAGAAUAGCAAGAAGCACUCAGUCAAGGUGGUGGCCCAGGAGUGGCCAUGCGCACCCGUGAAAGGGAACCAAGGAGACGGGAGCAGAAACGGUUGGUGUGGAAGCGCAAGCUGAUUGCCGGUGGUUUGCUAACGAAAUCAGCAUUGUGAAUACCUGUGUCUGCUCCCUCUGCCAAAGCUUCUAGGUCCAAUGGACCCCGCCCUUCACCUGGAACAGCUGCACAGAAAGAAGAAUGAGACUUUGAGACUUAUGCGCACAUCCUUACACACGUGCGUGUAAAUGGAUGUGUGGACUUCAUCAGCCCCGCUGCCCAUGAGGACCAAAAUGCUUCUGCCUACAACGGGAGAGUUUGAACCUUUUUUUUUUCUCUCUAAAUGCAAGUGGGAACCGUAGUAACUUUUCUAUGGGGUUGAAAUAUAAUCAUUUCUUGCAUACCAGUCUUUACUGUAUUUUAUAUUUCUAAAUGACAUGGUUUUCUAGCUGAUGGUUUGACAUUUGUAACUGAUGCCCCAAUGAUGUGUUGACUUUUGUUCUCAAACCAGAGAAUAUGUCUGUAUACUUUGAUGUAAAUGUGUUUAUAUUUAUUUGAAACGAAACAAAUGCUGAGGAAAUAGCCACUGUUUAGGCACUCUCUCUCUCUUUCCUCUCUCUCUCUCUUUCCUCUCUCU